CCAGAAGCGGAGCUACCGAGCUAUGUUCGCUCCCGGAUUACCGCCGGCCCUACGGAGAGCCGUGUGUCUCGCCCAGAGCUUCAGCCGGUGUCGCGUGGCGCGUGACACUUGGCGGUCCGGUCAGCGUCGCGCGUGCAGCGGGAAGCCGGGGGCGCCCGGCGGCGGCGACGACGGCGCCCGGAGGACGGGGUCGGUGCCGGGGAACGCAUCGCCGGGCAAGUCGACCAAGCUGAACGCGGCCCAGCGUCCGGCGGUGCAGCGCGCCCUCGUCGACGGCCCCGACGCCAGGGCGCGGCCGGCCAGGUCGGUGGACGACGACACCCUCGACGGGGUCAAUAAGAGGCCGGGCAAGGAUCGUAAACUGCUCUUCGUCUCCGCGAAGAUCGCCCAGCACGACCUGCAGACGAAGACGAAGAACGUGGCGAAGCUGGUGAGCAAGGGGCACGAGGUCAAGAUCACUAUCUUCGAGGGCGGCGCCGACGUGAAUAAGGUCCAGAGAGCCAUAGAGGAUGCUGUGAGAAACAGCGGCAGUGUCCAGCGAAUGCCGUCCAAGAAGAAUUCUAUUUUGCUACUAAUAACUCCUUUACAUAAGCAAGAAGGCGAUUCUGUAGAUAGCAAGGAGAAAACCGACGGCUCCUUAAUUAUUGAAAGAGACAACACAUGAGAUUUGUUGGGUGUAAUUAAUGGACGGAUGACGAUUCAUCAAUAUCGCAAGAGAAAAUAAAUCCUGCCUGCAACUAGAUCAACGCAAUAUGUGUGCGCACUUGCAUACAAAUAUAACAUGUACAUAUAAUGUGAAUAUGUUUACAGCGAUUAUAUUUAUUUUGAAUAUAUUAUAACGGUGUUACAAAAGAAUAACAGGUAAAUAGCUUUUUUUUUGUACCAUAUCUACAAUUUCAUUAUUGUCAAUGAAGAGAAUUCCAUGUUUAAUAAAACUUUCCGUUACGCGCCAAA